AGAUAAGAAUCAGUUUUGUUAUUGAUCUCAUCGGAAUCAACGUGGAUUAAAAAAGUCCUUUGAAUGAGAUUGUUUUUCAAUUGAUUGUCCGACCUUCGAUCGAAAUUGUCAAAACUUCGUUUCCGAAUUCUUUGGUUUUUAGGAGAAAAAAUGAUUAAGGUGUUUAUUGUGUUUUGUGUUUGCAUUUAUGUGGUUAAGGGAGUUUCCAUACGUAAAGAACUCAGGAAAUUGUGUGGAGAUGAAUUACCCGCUGCUGUUGCAUUAUUAUGUAGAGGAUCGACCGUCAAUGACUCAUUAAUUAGAGAAAUGAAGGUAUCGAAAGAAGUAGCGGAAGAGUGCUGUGAAAAGGCGUGCAAUACAGAAAGACUCAGAUCAUUUUGUGAACAGGAAACGUAGAACAUAUACUUCAUAUGUAAUUCAUUGUACAUAUUUUAUCUAAUUUAGAAUUUAAUAAAUUUUUAAGCGAAUAAAUAAAAUAAUAUAUU